AUUUAUUGAAGGCCGUGCUGCUGGAUUUUGUGCGAUGUGUGCUCUACAGAAUCAUGUCAUGGAUGCCUUACAGUCAACCGGGAAAAUAUUAAGGCCUUUUCAUAUCGUCAGGAACUUGCGGUGUAUAUCUCGCAAUUUUCGCAAUUCCAGACAGGAAGACGCACACGAGUAUAUGGUUAACUUGCUUGAAUCGAUGCAUAAGUGCUGUUUACCUUCAGGCGUCCAAAGUGAGUCACCCAGUGCUUAUGAAAAGAGUCUAGUCCACAAGAUAUUUGGCGGUCAACUCAGGAGUCAGGUCAAAUGCAAGCAAUGUUCUUAUUGUUCCAAUAAAUUUGACCCCUUUUUGGAUUUGAGUCUGGAAAUAGUAAGGGCUGAUUCAUUAAAGAAAGCUUUUGCACAUUUCACCGCUAUGGAACAAUUAGAUGGCGGUGAAAGACAAUAUCAAUGUCAGCGCUGCAAUAAAAAAGUUCAGGCUUUUAAGCAACUAACGAUUCACAAAGCUCCCUAUGUACUUACCAUUCAUCUCAAACGAUUUGGUUCGGGUGUCCGUGGAGAGAAGAUUAAUAAGAAGAUUGAGUUUGAGCCUACCUUGGACGUGAGGCCUUUCUUUAGUGGCGUUCAUGAAGGAGAAUUGAAAUAUACCCUUUAUGGAGUUCUGGUUCAUGCUGGUUGGAGUACUCACUCUGGUCACUAUUUCUGCUACGUGCGGACCUCGGCGGGCUUGUGGUACUCUCUUGAUGAUAACCAUGUAUCACAAGUCAGUGAGAAGACCGUUCUAUCGCGAGAAGCAUAUAUGCUAUUUUAUGUCAGGGAUAGAACCUACCCCAUUAAACCACCAGUUCAGGUUAACCUCAACGCUAAUAUUUCUGCAAACGCUAAUAUUUGUUCUACCGGUAACAAAGAAGCUCCAGUAAUGGAGAAAAGAUCAAUUACUGCAGUUUGCAGCUCAGCCAAUGCUAGCCAUGAUUCUAUUGUUCAUGAUCAUACUACAAAUAAAAAUUUUUGCUUGGGAGUCAACGGUGAUGUUUCAACAAAUAGAUUGCGUGAUACGGUGCUACCGACGAAUAAGGCGGAAUUACGUGAUUCAGUAAAGUCAAAGCUUCCUUUUGGUGCCAAGAAUGAAGAUGUAAAUAAGAGUACUCUGAACAAUAUCGCCCAACAAAAGAUGGAGACGAAUUUAAAAUCAAGCGGUAUUGAUGAUCGAAGACCUUUGAGCCCGAUGCAGCAGAAUCGAAAAAUACGAUUGCGAGCAGAAGGCGGCUUGUAUUUUGGGCGCAAAUGUUUGCUCUUCAUGUCGCUCAGACUUCGGAAGAAGAAAAAGAAAAAGAAAACAAAAGUUCAGCAUCAGAAUUCUAGGAAUAAGAUAAAGAGGAGAGCAAUAGAUACUGCUGAUGUGGAUUCCAUGAAUUCCACUUCAGGGAAGAAAUCCAAGAGACGGAAAUAUGUAGAGUCUGGUGAUGAUUACAGUCAAAUGAAUGAUGAAGAAAUUAAUAGAAGCUGUAUAAAUGGUGAUAAAUCUCGAGCUUCAAAGCGAUCCAGUGGAUCCUCAGGGUGCGCAGAGGGACAGCAAAAUGUGAAGGUUGAGAAUGUUGAAGAUGAGAAGAUUAUAGAAAACUAUCCGGUCAGCUUACUGAAGGAAAGAUUGAAAGAAACCCCUGUUGCGAGGUGGGAUGCGGAGGACUUGCCAGCACCUCAAAUAAAUGAGAUGGAAGAUCCUCCAAAGAGAAACAUCGGUUAUAUGUUGGAUGAAUGGGAUGAGGAAUUCGACAGGGGUAAGAGAAAGAAGAUAAAAUCAAGGCAAUGGUAUGAUGGGCCAAACCCAUUCCAGAAAACAGCUGAUUUUAAAACACAGCAGAGGAUGAUGAAGGAGCCGUUGAGAAUUUGAUGGAGAUUAAUGGAUUUUUAUUAUUUAUUAUUAUUAUUUUUGAUAGCUUCAUUUUUGUUAGGGGCUUAUGUGAGUUGUAAGUCAAAUUUUGAUGAUUUAAUGAGCUGAAUAGAUGUGUUGGAAGUCGAGAAUUUAUGACUUUAAUGAGCAGAGUUUUGAGGUGGUCAGUGAUUUUCUGCAGUUGGUGUAUAUAGAUGAUGGCGUUGGCAACAGUGUUUUUGUUAACUAGAUUAGUUGAUUAAAAUUCAAUAAAUUAAGCAUGAAGUU